UCUCUCUCUCUCUCUCUCUCUCUCUCUCUCUGCCCCUUCAUCUCCGCCUGGUUUUGUUUUUGCUCCUAAAUCAUCGCGGCUCUGCCCGGUGGCCGUGCUCACAGACCCCCCCACCCUCCUCCUUUUAUAAUGUCCCUAAGUGGCCGUGUCCUGUGUCUCUGAGCUCUGCUUCUGCUUCGUUUUAGUUUUGGUUUUAGUUUUUUGCGUGUUUUUGUGCAUCGGCUCUCCGAUUCGUCUCCAGCGGCGCACCGCCAGCUGUGGCCCCGAUGGCGAAGAACACGUUGCCGUCGCGCUUCAGAAAGGUGGACGUGGACGAGUUCGACGAGAAUAAGUUCGUAGAGGAGCACGAUGAAGCGGCCGAGCAGCAGGGGCCGGACACCGCGGAGGUUGACAGCCUCAUCAGGCAAGGGGACAUGAUGUCAGCUUUUCAUGUUGCACUAAGAAAUCCUCCAAUCAACAGCAAGAAUCCAGCAAUAAAGGAAAAAGCUCAGGCGGUAGUUUUGAGAGUACUGACAUCAUUCAAGAGCAGUCACAUAGAACCUGCUGUCAAAUCCCUGGACAGGAAUGGUGUUGACCUCCUCAUGAAGUAUAUCUACAAAGGCUUUGAGAAGCCCUCGGAGAAUAGCAGUGCAAUUCUGCUGCAGUGGCAUGAAAAGCCAAUGAAGCAACGCCUUUGCUGUUGGAGGGCUAGGCUCCAUUGUUCGAGUUAUGACAUCUAGAAAGACUGUAUGACAGCCUGGCAAAUCCUGAAAGCAACUGAGGACAGCUGGCUUUUUUACUGAAGGGAAGAACUUGUCAGCGAUUGUUUCUUGGCUGGAGAAGAAACCUGUGAACUAUUUAAGAGAUAAAUGAAGGUGGAUGUGCUAAAACAAGCAGAGCUUUUCUUUUUCAUGUGUGGAAAAAGUAAUGUGAAUUACUGUGGUUUGGGAGAGCCUAUUUACAUAAAAAGCUACAAUAAAUUAUUUGAGAUCAAAGAAGACUUUCUGCAGAGUCAAUCGCUACAGACCUCCAAACUUCAUGUGGCCUUCAGAUUAUCUCAGAUUAAGAAAGAAAUGGGUAUAAAACAGUGUGCAGAUGGAUCAAAAAAUGAAACCGCUCUGUUAAGAACAGUUCUGUUCCUGGAUGGAUCACUACUACAGGGAGAUAUAUAUAUAUAUACUCCAUUAGUAGGUGAAUGUGCGAAAGAAAGUGUAGGAUGGUCAAUGGAGUGCAAUCUGUGUAUGUUUGGGUGCGCUGCAUGAAAGUGUGAAAUUCGGAUUUAUUCCUUAUAUCUCACUUGCUUCUUGAUCCUCUCACUCUUUGUACAGAGAGAGCUCUUAGUUAUUAUGAGUGACCUCCAGUUUAAAAAGAGAGGAUGCACACCAAAGGAGGAAGAGGAAGAUUACUGUGAAGUGCCUGCUGCAAUAAAGAUAUUGGAUCUCUCA